CAGCACAUAAUGUAUGGAAAAUGAAUACGAAAAGGAACAACAUUGGUGGCGCUCUUCUUUGUAUUUUAAUAUUUUCAAAAUAUACAAUAGAACAGAACUUAACAUCUCCUGAGAAGGCAUUGGAUGAUAAUCUACAAGACUCAAGGUCAAAUUUUAUAUCCAUCACAGCAAGAUAUGGAUACAUAUCCGAAGAGCACACUGUCACAACACAAGAUGGAUAUAUUCUAACCAUGUUCCGUAUACCGAAAGGCAAACGUUGUAUCGGUUCUGUGAGACAGCCUCCAGUUCUAUUGAUGCAUGGAUUCCUCGUAAAUUCGGAUUCCUGGACGGAUGCCGGUCCGUUAGCCAGUCUCGCCUACCUGCUACCCGAUGCAUGUUACGAUCUUUGGAUAGGAAAUGUACGAGGUACUGAUUACGGAAGGAGACAUGUACGACUCGAUCCGGAUACAGAUUCGGAGUUUUGGAAUCAUACAAGCAAUGAAAUGGGUAAAUACGAUAUCCCUGCUUUCAUCGACUAUAUAUUAAAUACAACCAGUUCUAAUCAGGUCAUCUACAUGGGAUAUUCACAAGGCGCUAGAUUACUUAUUAUUAUGUGCUCCGAAACGGACUACUGCAGCAAAGUAAAAUUGUUCAUAGGUAUGGCACCGGCUGUAAGAUUGCUAUACACCAGGUCGAUACCGCUAAGACUGUUGGUGAAUUUUUACAAAUUAAUAUUACCGUUGCUGACGAGUCCUUUUGAAUUAGAAGUUCUACCUAAAGGUGGAUUUAUUCAGCGACUGGCCUCGUAUGUGUGCAGAGAUUACGCAGCUUCAGCUACUAUUUGUAAAGUUGUACUAGAUCUGAUCGAUUCCUACGACCCACUCUCCGUUCUGACUCAAACUGUAAGAGUGUUAUAUGGUCACACGCCCGCUGGUUCAUCGGCAAGGAAUAUUGUGUUUUAUUCUCAGAACGACGCUCCAACGUUUAAUAAAUAUGAUUACGGAGCAGCCAAGAAUCUUGAGAUUUACGGCAGCGCUGCGCCUCCUCUGUAUGCGCUCAAUCGCACCACAAUACCUGUUGUAUUUCUUUAUGGCCGAAACGAUUACUUAGUAGACCCAAAAGACGUGAUGUGGCUCACCACUCAACUGCCUAAUGUUCUAGAAACUUACCAAGUAAGAAGUCCAACAUGGAACCAUCUAGACUUUACUUAUAGUCAGUUCAUUCCGUUACAGAUUUUUCCUAAAAUAAACCAAUAUCUUCUUAAAUAUACUAACAGGGUAUCGUUAAAUAAAGGCUAAAUAUAACCUA